GGACAGAGAGGAUAAUGUGCUCUCCUGUUAAUCCAGAGGUGGGAGAUACCCGCUCGGCGUACUGUAGGACAGCCCCCCUCUCUGCUCCUCAGCGGAGGAUGUAAGGAAGUGACAUUUUUCAGCGCUGCGGUUCGGGACAGCUACUGCUCCUCUGCAAACAGGUGUGCUGCCGACCGGGUCACUUCAGCUGGAGGGAAACCAUCGCGGAGCGGCAGCGUCCCAGAACCAGAACCAGUCAGCCUCCAGGACAGCGGGACAGCGUGGAGCAGCAGCACGGGAGAAUCAGCCCGUUCAAGUCUUUUCUUUAUUAGCCUGGGUGUUUGAACAGAGGGAGGGAGCGAGAGUGGGGGAGAGAGGGAGCGAUGGCAACGAAAAAGGCGUGCGUGGAUGCGCCCAAAAGGAGCCGGAGUCCGGUCGUGUUGGAGGCGGAGAUGUUCAGUGAAUUUCAGGACUGGUGUCUCCGGACUUAUGGAGACUCCGGGAAAACAAAGACCGUCACCCGGAGAAAAUACAACAAAAUCAUGCAGACACUGUUGCAGAACGACGAGACGGAUGGCGUUUAUAUCGACAACAGCCACAUCAACGCCAAAUUUAAAUUCUGGGUGAAGUCGAAAGGAUUUCAGGUCGGGACCAACGUUUUAGGAGAGCACAACAAGAAAGGAGCUCCAGGGAAACCCGUGCUAUAUGUCCCGGUCAAGUCAACGUGUUCAGAUGGGAAUUCAGCCCAAGACAACUCCUCCCUGAAGCGCGUAGCUGUGGUGGAGGACUUCUUUGACAUCAUCUAUGCCAUGCAUGUGGAGAUGGGUGCAGACCCGGGCAGGGCACCCAAACAUGCGGGACAAAAGAAGACCUACAAAGCGAUAGCAGAGACCUACGCCUUCCUGCCCAGAGAGGCGGUGACUCGCUUCCUAAUGAGCUGCGGAGAGUGUCAGAAGAGGAUGCACAUCAACCCCAGCACGGCAGAGUUCAAAGAGAAUGACCGGCCCACCUCUCUGGUCCCUGACCUCAUUGAUUACAACAUGCCUCUUACUGCCACCUACCUGAAACAGAUGAAACUGCAGUGCAUGACGGCCACUGAGAGGGAUGACAGUUCGAUGAGCAGUGAGGACAUGAACAUCGCUGAGCCCACAUGGGUAGCAGCUGAGCCGCCCCCAGUGCCUGAGCCCAGCCCUCCUAACGGGGAGAGAGUGAGCAACCCGACAGCCAGCGUCAAAGAAGAGGACGAUGACGACUCCUCAGAGAGCGGCAGUGCCAACGGGCUGCCGGCCCUGACCUCCCCGGAGGUGCUGGCUGUGGGUGGGAACCCCCCAGAUGGUGGGGCCCCUUACGGGGAGGUGACAGAGAACGGGCUGGGCGCUCCCCUGGACUUCAGCACCACCUCGCCCUCGUCCUCCUCAGAGGAUCAGCAGCCGGUCAAUCUGAGCGACAGACUGCUGCCUGCAGGGAGCUCGCCGCAAAACUCCUUCCCUGCAGAAGUCAACAGGAAGUACCCCGUCAAAACAGAGUUUGCCAACAAGUCCCCGCCUUACAGCUCAGGAAGCUAUGACUCUGUAAAAACUGAACUGAGCAUGAGCGCAGAGGACUUGACCUCUGUCCGGGCACAGAUAAUUGAUGACGAUGACGACGAUCAUGAUGACCACGAUGACAGCGACAAGAUCAAUGACGCUGAGGGAAUGGACCCUGAGAGACUUAAAGCCUUCAAUAUGUUUGUGCGUCUGUUCGUGGAUGAGAAUCUGGACCGCAUGGUGCCCAUCUCCAAACAGCCCAAGGAGAAGAUCCAGGCCAUCAUCGAGUCCUGUAGCCGCCAGUUCCCAGAGUUCCAGGAGCGCUCCCGCAAGCGCAUCCGCACCUACCUCAAAUCCUGUCGCCGUAUGAAAAAAGGCGGCAUCGAGAUACGACCCACACCUCCUCACCUCACCUCCGCCAUGGCUGAGAACAUCCUCGCUGCUGCCUGUGAGAGCGAAACCAGAAACGCUGCCAAGAGGAUGCGGCUUGAUGUCUACCCAGCAUCGGACGACUCUGUCGACAAGUCUAACUCCAGAGACCCGGCCUCUGUGGCUCCAUCAGGGUUCACCAUCUCCAGCGCAGCUUUUGCCCAAGACCAGCUCUACACCAACGGAGGCCUCAACUACAACCUGCGAGGAUACGGGACAGUAGGCAGCAACCAGCAGAACUCUGGUGCUGCACAAACCAACGGUCCCACAGAUCUGAGCAUGAAGUCAGUCGUCCCAAACUCCUCCUCCGCCAGCUCCAACAGUCACGGUCAGGGAGGAGGCGGCGGAGGAGCUUCGGCUCAGCUCAGCCCCCCGGAGGUCACAGCGGUGAGGCAGCUCAUCGCCGGAUACCGGGAGUCCGCCGCCUUCCUGCUCCGCUCUGCAGAUGAGCUGGAGAACCUGAUCCUGCAGCAGAACUGAGCCAACAGCCUGUCAAUCAUCUCUCCGCCACACAUUUUGGGGGCAGAGUUGUAUUCAAAGACACAAAAGUACACAAGUGAAACUGCAGUGCACAGUGGGUCCUGUAGGUAUGAUACCUUUACUUAUUCCCACAUGUUUAUGUGUUAUGACGGGCCAGAACGUGUCCCAGGCUGUUUAUUUAUGCAUUUGGUUCACUUUGACCUUAGUGCCCUGUUAUCUGUAGCCAUUCAUCCUCCAUUCAGUUCAUGUUACCACCUCAACCCCCAUUCGUCUCAGGAAGUGAUGAUCUAUGUGAAAAAAUGAUCUACAUCAGGUCGCAGGGAAGUUCAAGAGGUGUUAGCUGCGGAUAUGACGCCAGAUUCAGCUCAUUCGUGCAGAUGUUUGGACAAAUUAACUGUUAAAUAGCAGUGGCUUAGUGUUGUUUCCCUUCUUUCUACUUUUAUAGAAGUGUAAAAUAUGCUGUACAGUGGCACAAUUUGAUUGAGUCUUCUCUCCAAAUUAACUGCUGCUUCCAGGAAAAUCUGAAGCACAGUUUUCUGAAAAUCCAUCAAUGAAUCGCUGCUAAAUCUACUGACCUGUUAACCUCAACAGCCUCUGAAGGAAGUAGAAAAAUGUAGAGACAGGAAAAAAAAAACAGGACAAUAUUCGACAGUUUUCACCCGUAAAUUCUGAGGACAAAAUCAAUCUAUGUGGUUAAAACUUUACCUCGGUCCUGCUCUGUUGAGGUGUUUUCCAGAUUAUUUGGCAUGUAGUAACUGAGAGACAAAGACGCAUUAUCUUGUGUGACUUUAUUUUCCACUUAAUUUCAUAUGAAUAUUUCUACCACAGGCAGUUUCUCAUGACUUAAAAAGAAAAGACGGAGGCUUUUAAAAGAGCAUGGGUAUGCAAAUUGAGGUCGCAGACACCUGUCAGGGAAAAAACAGAGAUUAAUAUAUUGUUUAGACUCGUGGUUUUUAGAACCAAUGCUACAGGAGAAAGGUGCAAUAUCAAAGAUAAUCAGCGAAGGUGUGCUUACUGAAACGGCUUUGUCUCACUUGCUCGCUGAACAGUCUGAGGCAAACAUGGGGAGGCGUUUUACACAAAUCUCCCCCCGCCGUGAAAAGAACCGAUAUCCCAUGCAGCAUUGUAGCUAAUUUCAGUGUUGUCGUUUGUGUAAUCUUUCUGGAUAACCUCAUAACUGAGGCACUUUCAUGUAUUUGGGAUCCGUAGUGAUAAAAGGAAAAACAGGACCUGGCAGAAAAACAAGACUUAAUUUUGCAUGUCUGAUCACAGAGUCAUUUUGUGGAGUUCUGUGAUUGUUUUAGGUUCAAACGGGCACACUGAGCUCACACGCAUCUGCAGCUGCAUCAUCAUAGCAUACACACGGCUUCACUGGAUGCAGCGAGAGUGUGUGUGUGUGUGUGUGUGUGGGCCUCUCAGACAAAAAGACACUCCAUCCAUCUAUCCAUCUGUAUGUGAGUCUCAUCCUCUCUGACCUCAGCACCCUCUCUCUCUCAUCUCCACUCAUCGAUAUCACGUCUGAAAAACACACUGUUUGAAAAGAAGCAAGAGACAAUCUUUGAAAAAGAUGUAAUCGCAUCACAGUUUACUCUCCCAGCUUUCUGCUCUGGUGUGUGUGAGUGUGAGUUUGUGUGUGUAAAUGUGUGUGUAAAUGUGUGUGUGUGUGUGUGUGUGAGGGCACAACAGAGCACUCAAAGCAGAUCUAGAGCACAGUCUCACAACAGACACUUUUAACGGUGAGUCACUCGGCACAAAAACAGUUGUGUAAGUGUGUGUAUGUGGUGUGUGUGUUUUAUUUUGAUGUGCUGUGUUAUUGACAGUAUGUUGAUUUUUUUUUUUCAUGUAUGUGUAAAAGUGGAGUGACCCAGUUUGUACAACAUCAAUCUGUGAAGAUUUAUGAAUUAAGUCGGCUGAAACAUUCCAAACAAGGGCAACGACUCUUCAAGCAGCCCGGACAGAGGCUUGCACCUUAACGAUCUGUCGAAGUUUAGAGAGAUAUAUUUCUGUAUUUAUCACAAAUCUAUCAGUUAUUUAUCAUUCAGAGGCCUCACACUCAAACAUUAGCAGACUGCUCUAGAGUUGGAUUCACACACAAACAGAUCCAUUUUAUUACCCAUGUCAUGAUUGGGCUGCAUCACAUUCACAGUGAAAUGAUCUAUUGCAAGUUUGGAAGCACUUUAUAGCUCAGGAUUAAGGUAACAUAACACAGAGAUUUGAGUGUGUCUUUACCUCAUUUGGAUUAUCAGAUUCAGUUUGAACAUGUCCAGAACUGACGAUUGAAGAAGCAGCUCUCAGUCUGCUUUAUUGAUGAUUUCAAAUGCAAAGAGCUCGUGUUUAAACUCAGCAGAUUGUAAAGUCCUCCGUGAUUCAUAAAGCAGGAUGAGGAGCAGAGAGCCUGAACUGAACCUGGAUUUAUCUGUUUCAUAAAGUUGGCUUCUGGCUCAUGUGAGCCAUCAAAGUUGAGUUUUAUCUCAUGACUUUGAUCAUUAAUUCACAAUGAAGAAUAAGGCGCUUUGACGAGGUGAAGCGUACGAUAUAAAGAGCAAAAUAUCACAAUGAAAAGCUGCAGUCAGUGAAUGAGCUUUGGCUGCAUGAUAAUGUGUGACAUGGGAGAUGUUUACUGUAGUGAGGAUCCUACACAUGUUUAUCAUCUGAAUGUGCGUCUCACAGAGGACAAUAGUCACAUUCAUCUCAGAGUACAGCUGUCCUUUACAUCACUGUUUUUGUUCUCUUGCUGCUCUUAAAGUUCAACAAGUUUCAGUUUAAUGUAUUUCUUUAAUAUUAAAACCGGGGAGAGUAAGAGAGUGAGGGAGGACAUUCAGCACAGGGCCAUAGAGUCGGCUCUGGCUUCUGUGCAUGUUAGCUAGUGAUUUAGAAUCUAAGCUAAAGCAAUGCCUCAGCUUGAUGUAACUUAAAACCAGAUUAAUGUGUCUUGUUCGGCACCACACAGCAGACAGAUUGAGUUACUAACACGCUGUUGAUCAUAGUGGCGCAUUAACAAGCUAAAGGGUCAGAUAUUUCCCUCAGGAGUUAGUAGAAAAAGAAAAGACCUGAAAGAGAGAGAAUAUCUGACUUUUAUUAAUCUGUUGAACAGAAACACAACUCUUGAACAUAUGUAAUUUCUCUUUUUACAUAGUUGUGUUGUGUUCACAGCUUGUUUCUGCUGCACUCUAGUGGCAGAAAUACAUCAGUUGUUAUCAAUUUGAUGGUUGGACUUGAGACACAGCAGCCACAGCCUCUUUCUGCAGACCUUACAUACAUUUUCAGACAGAUGGCUCUUUAAUUGGUUAAAGAAAUACAGGGGAAAAAAUAGAUUUUAUGGUCACAUUGAUAUACAAAAACGACAUAAUAAUAAAAUAGAUCAAUCCAAUAAUCAAAAAUAUUCUUCUUUUCUCUAAGUUGAGUGCAUUUUAAAGGAUUUGCGUUUUAAAGGAUGACUUGCAGGAUAUUUUAGAAUUUAAACAAACAAGUGGAAAUCCGAUUUUAAUAUAUAACUACACUUGACUCAUUGUGCCGACAGACUUAUUUUCAUCAUGCAGCCACAAGGAUACCUUUAGAGGAACCUUUGAAACAAGACUUCAGUCAGCCUGAUGUCUUUCUAACCCUCCUUUAUGAAACAGAUCCUGACUUCGUGAUGAUUUCAGUGUGAAUCCUGCUCUAUGACACACCUCUCUGGACUCAAACAGACGUAAUCGUAGAUGUCCGUGGGACCCGAGUCCCCCACACGUCUUCCUCGUCUUGUUCUGUUCCUGCAGCCACAGCAGAUCCUCGUCACUUCACGUCUGACUCAGUGAUUUCAUGUUGACCUCGUCCACAUUUAGCUUGCAGAUUUGUGAACCUGUCUUAAGUCGACGCUGAGCAACAUUUUUAGCUGUUUGCUGGAGUAACUGUGAUCAAUGACAACGACUAAGUGUUUGUUGUCAUGUUGUUGUUUUUGUUUUUUUUUCUAAUGAUGCCCAAUGGAUUUUUCUCUUUGUAUUGACUGGACAAUGUAAUCUAUUGGUGUUGAUUAAAAAUGCCCUGGUAGCUUGUGGAUUGCUAAAGUGGUCAGAUAAAUGUACUGUAUAGCUGUACAAAGAGUGAUAACAGAUGUUUUAAACAUUUCUUUUUUCUGUGGGUACAGCACUGUUUAAAAAAAUCAAAGUGGUUUUAGCCCUUGCCUGUUUUAACUUAUCAUUUGGUGGUGGUCUGUAUUUCUUAUUGUUAUUUAUAUCAUUUCGAUUGUUGCCUCUCCUGCACUGAUAAGAGACUGUAGCUCUGUGCAGGAGGUCGUACUGUAAACCUGUGUGAAGCUUUGUAAUUCUCCCCUCUGGUUUUGGACUCAGUGAAAGUGUGAUGUUUACAUGUACAGUUUUUCAGAAUUUUACGUCUUAUUCGGGCUAGUUUCUUUCCCCUCUCCUCGAUCUGUGUACAUUUGCCCAGAUAAUUUUCCUCUCUUUCUGUUGUUCCAUUGCAUCGGACGAGACCUCUUUGGCCUUCUUGGUCACAGAGUCAGAGUGUGCCAUGGUCAGCUCGGUGUUGUGAUGGCUUCCAACAACAUUUUUAAAAACUUAAACGUAAGUUAAAAAAAAAAAAAAAAGGGAGCUUCACAACUUCUCAAAGUGGACCAGCAAAGAUUUACUAAGGAUCAAGACGACUUUAAUCAGCUGUUUUAGAAAACUAUCGUGGCCUAAAUGGAGGUUGGUGGAGUGUAGGUACAUUUAUUAGACUUCGUGAAGUGCUCAGAUUCUUUCUUUUCCUGGCUUUUGUCAGGGAAAACUCCUUGUCCUUAAUCUGACUGGUACCCUGAAAAGGUACACUUUGACCUGUUGUAAUAUCUCCUCGAUAUAACACAAAAGCCAUUCCCCUCUCCUGGCCUUUUAAGGGGAACCCAUAAGCCUCAGGAAAUACUGAAUCUCUGAGUUUAGUUUUUAUCCGCUGAUUACUUCUGAGAUGAAACAAAAACCAUUAACAUUUAUAUGAGAUGUCUAUUGUUUUGUACAUUUAUCAUUGUGAUUUAAAAGUGGAGCUUUUUCCAGUACCUGUGACUUAAUAUUUUGAUUUGACUUUUUUGGAGUGUUUAUAGGUAUGGAUAUUUAUUAUUAUAUGUGAAACUACAAAAAGUCAAAAGAAAAAGGUUGAACCUGUUUCAUUUGUAUGUUUCAUGCAAAACUGUCCAGGUGAGAAUCUCUCUGCCUCUUACAUAUCACUAAUGAGGGACCUGUGUUAGUUUGGAAAAAUAGCGCUUUUUCAGUGUUGCAUCAACGCUAUGAAAAAAAAAUACAAACAAAAAAAAGAAAAGUAAACAACAACAGUGGUUUACCAACAGCAGAGUUGCAAAGCUCUCCUCUUCUCCUGAGAUGUCAGUCAUUGAAUAAAAUAGUGCGACGAGCUAUC